ACCAGCGAGGCAGCUGAGCCCAGUCCCGGUAACGAGCCCUUCAUUAGGGGCGGGCUCCUCCCCGCGUCCCGGGGCUGCAGCCGGAGCCCGGGCAGAUGGUAGCGGCCGGGGCGGGGAUGGGGGGCGCUCUCCCUGGGUCCCGAGCCCCCUUCCCUCCCCACAAACCUCUGGGCGGGGCACCCAGGGCUCCUGGCCGGGGGGGGCAGCCCCAGCCCAGCCCCCCCGACCCGGCUCUGCCGCAGGAGAAGCGGGAGCCGCUGCGCUGCACCAACAGCCGGAUCCCGGCCCCGAUCCCGCCGGACGCGGCGGGGAAGAAGAAGCCGCCGGGGGCCCGGGCCCGAGGGGAGAAGCCCGCAGCCAGCAGCCCCCCCGCAGCAGGGCCCGCGGCCGGGGGGCAGCUGCAGGGGCUGGGGGCCGUGCCUGGGUCCGAGGUGGCGCGGGCCGUGGAGAGCCUGGGGCUGGCACUCGAGCGCGACUACGCCGCAGACGUCCUGGCCAGCCUGGCGCUCUGGGAGGGGAGCGGGGGCCCGGACACCUGGGUCCCCUGCCGCGCAGGGUCACCGUGCCCCCCGCAGAGGCCGCCGGCCGGCUGGGCACCGCGGGGCUGGGAGUCGGCACGAGUGGCGACGGCCGAGAUGCGGGCGCUGGUCGUGGACUGGCUGGUGCAGGUGCAGGAGUGCCUGGGCCUGGCGGACGACACGCUCCACCUGGCCGUGCAGCUGCUGGACGCCUACGGCCAGGCCGGCCCCGUGCGCGCCCGCACCCUGCAGCUGCUCGGCCUCGCUUGCCUCUUCCUCGCCUGCAAGAUGGAGGAGACGCACUGCCCCACUCCGGCCACGCUCUGCUUCAUGACCGAGGACAUGUUCAGCCACACGGCACUGCUGCGCAUGGAGCGCCGGGUCCUGCGACGCCUGCGCUUCCGCCUGCACCGCGCCAGCCCCGCCGGCCUCCUGCGGCUGCUGGCCGCGCUGGGACACUGCUCCCCCGAGACGGGCGCCCUGGCCAUGUACUUCCUGGAGCUGUCGCUGCUGGAGGCCGAGUGCGUGGCCUUCGCCCCGGGGCCGCGUGCCGCGGCCGCCCUGAGCCUGGCGCAGCGGGUGCAGCAGGAUGCGGGGGGCCCUAGCGCCCCCGCCCCCCUGUGCAGCGAAGAGGAGCUGCGCGCCCUGCAUCCCCCCAUGGCGCGCGCCGCACUGCGGGCCGGCUCCGGCGCCCUCCGCUCCAUCUUCCUGAAGCACUCGCGGCCCCAGCACCUGGGCGCCAGCACCAGCCCCGCCAUUGCCCGCUCCUGCUACCUCGCCCGCUGCCUGGCACCCGGGCCUGAGCUCCCUCCCCGCAGCCUGGGCCAGUCCCCCCCCGCUGCCCCAGUAGUGCCCACUUUGAGAGGGCUACUGGGUGGGGAGCAGGGGCCUGGACGCCUGGGUCCACCUGCUCUGCUGUGACUCCUGAGCCCCUGCCUGGCUGCUGAGGGCACUGAAAGG